AUGGUGGAACGCUCCUGGGGCGGGGCCGCGCACGGGCUGCCGGGAGUUGUAGUCCACGCGGAGUUCGCAGUCUCGGUAGGGCUGCCGCGGAGGUCCGCGGGCGAGCCCGGGAAGGUGGCGGGGGCCUGCGAGGCGCGAGGCGCCGGGCCCAGCGCCGGCCCGGGGCGGGGAUGGGGCCGGACGCGAGGACUCGGAUUGUCCCUGCCUCUGCUGCUGGGGCAGCUGCUGGCGCUGAUGGGCGGCGGGGACGCGUUCUACCUCGAGGUCCGUGAGCUGGAGGAGAAGUGCUUCAUCCAGGAGAUCCCCGAUGGCACCGUGGUCAUAGGUAAUUACAAGACCGAGCUAUAUGACCCCGCUAUGGAAAAGUACCAGCCCUCCCCGCAGUGGAUUAAUUUGUUCGUGUUGGUGAAGGACCCGGAGAACAAGAACCUUCUGGCCCAUCAGUAUGGCCCUCAGGGCAGCUUCACCUUCACCUCUCAGUCCCCUGGCGAGCACCAGAUCUGUCUGCACCUCGAGUCCAUCCGUUUCUCCCUCUUCUAUGAUGGCAAGCUGGCUAUUCACUUGGACAUGAAAUUGGGUGAACACACCAAUGAUUAUGCAGAAUUUGCGGCCAAAGACAAGCUGACCCAGCUGCAUCUGCGUGUGCAGCAGCUGGUGGAGCAGGUGGAGCAGAUCCAGAAGGAGCAGGAGUACCAGAGGUGGCGAGAGGAGCGCUUCCGGCUGACCAGCGAGAGCACCAACCGGAGGGUACUGUGGUGGUCCGUUCUGCAGACCCUCAUCCUUGUGGCCACUGGCAUCUGGCAGAUGAGACACCUCAAGAGCUUCUUUAAAGCCAAGAAGCUGGUGUAGAUGGGCCCCAGAAACAAGAGGCCUAACCCCCACUCACUCCCCUGCUGCUGACUGAUGGACAGUGGCCUGGCCUGGGCUAUCUUCUGGUUCCCUUCAGCCCUCCCAACUCCAUAGGGCUUGCUUAUUACUGGCAGGGAGACAGAGGACCUCUAUGAACUGGUUUCUCAGCCAGCUCUGGGGAGAGGAUGGGUUUCCAGCUGAGACACUAGGUGGGUAGUUAUUCCUUUGUGGCUUUGUGAUGCUGAGCAGGAAGGGGGUGAGGGUGUCCCCAACCCCUGUGUUAAACAGCAUAGAGAUCCCAGGAUGGAGAAAUAAGGAAUAAGAUGAAUAUAAAUUAUCACUGCAAAC